GUGGUCUGUGAUUGUGUUUGUCGUCGUCAGUUAAGUUACUCAGUUUCAAUUUUGUUUUCUUUUAGAUGUGUCAAAGAAGUUAUUGUUGACAUUUUUUGUAAUGUGCUAUUUACCAAUAAAAAAUUAAAACGUAGUAGCUUAUGUAAUUUAUAUUUGCUGGCAUUAUUCUACACAGGUAUUCCCCACAUUCGUGUUAAACAGACUAUAAAAAUGAUUACUUCAAACCACCAGAGAGUUGAAUCACCUUGGUUGCUACCUGGUUUCAAGACAAGAAUAUUCAUUUAUUUGUUUGUCUUCACAGUGGUAUCAAGCUUGGUUCUCUUAAGGGGCUCCAGAAUCAACCAUGUGUACAACAGCAAUGAAUGGGAUCUGCUGAUCUUCACUCAGCGAUGGCCCAACACAGUAUGUAUGGAGUGGGAAGAGACCAGUCCUACCAACCACACUUGUGCAUUGCCCAAGCAGAAGGACAUCUGGACCAUACAUGGCAUCUGGCCGACAAAACUUGGCACGAUUGGUCCAUCGUUCUGCAAUUCUUCGUUGCAUUUUAACGCCUCACAGCUUGCUCCAAUCAUGAACAACCUAACAGAGUACUGGAUAGAUGUGGAGAUCCCAGAACCAGCCAACUCUUUCUGGAGACACGAGUGGCGAAAGCAUGGGACCUGUUCAGCCUCAGUUCCUCAAUUGAGUACAGAAAUCGGUUACUUCCAGACAGGAUUGGACUUGCUUCAAAAGUUUAACAUGAAGGGAGUUCUAGGCAAAGCCAGUGUUUACCCUGACUCAGACUCGCCUACUGACCUAACCUCAAUCUGGUUGGCUAUUAAGACAACUCUCGGGGUUAACCCUUCCAUACACUGUGUCCAUGAUAAGAAAACCAAACAGUACUACCUCCAAGAAAUCAGGAUAUGCUUUGACAAGUCAAUCAACCUUGUGGACUGUGACGGUAUCAAACUUCACCACUCAUUCCACUGGCAACCCAAUGGCAACUGUCCUCUAGAUAAACCCAUCUUCUACCCUGCUACUGUACCACCUCCAUCUCGUAAACCACUGCCACCACCUCCGGCUACACCAAUGGCCAACCUCUUGAAUGUCAUCCAGUUUGUCAUGUGGUUAACAUCGUAGAUGAGUGAUGAAGCUAUACAACGUGCCUUAGUAGACAUUUAACCCCUUACAUUGUCUGUUAUCUUGCGUUUUGACAGUUUCCUGUGAAACUAUUUUAGUUGAGUAAAGUUUAAAGUUUUGUCUUUUAGAACAUUGUUGGCAUUUUCAUAUGUCUGGUUGGAUUUAAAUUCUCCGUAGAGAAGUUAGGUAUAGAGGAAACACACUUAUGUACAGGGUCUUCCUCCACCAUGAGCGUUGUGGUUAGGGGUCUCAAUUCGGGAUCCCGGGAUCUCGGCCGAUUUUUGAUACCUAGAAAUCCCGGGACUGGUGUCUUUUAAUCCCGGGAUUAACGGGAUUGCAAAACCUAUGUUUAUAUUGAUUUUUUUUGUGAAUUUUAGGACUUUUACUUACGGAAAAUUAAUAAAAAUAGUCCAGUAACACUUGAAACACAUAUACUCUUUAUUUUUAGGACGAUUAUAUGAAAUGGUAUAAGUAGCCUAAUGAUAUUUUUUGAUUGGAAAAUUUAAUUAUCAUUAAACUCAAAUAGGCCUACAUUCAGGCCUAAAUAUAUGUUUCAGUUUUUAGACGAUUUGGAUUUACUUUCUGUAAUUGUUAUUACAUUAUUUAGAACCUAAUUACAGUAGGCCUACAUGUUAUUUUGAGUUUUACUUUUGACAUUAGUAAACAAUGCAAUUCGUGUAGCAAACAUAACAUUGCAAUCGGAAAUUUAAGUAUUAUUUUCAUGGAAGCCAUAAAAUAUAACUAUAAACACACGAUUAUAAUCUCAUUAUUAAGAUCGCUUAUAUUUAGGGUGUAUAACUUUUAUCUUCGUAUUUGGUUAUUAGUGUGGUGAUUAAAUUUCUUACAAUCUAAAAUUACGUUUUUCAUACACACGCUACUACAUAAGCAUAUGGUUUAUUGUUUUACAGUAUCUUAUAUUGUUUUAUUGCUGUAAGUAAAAAAAAAAAUUUUUACGCUGCUACUCGUGAUUCUUCCCAUUUUAUUUUUUUUCUCUUAGCUAUCUUUAAUCUAUCUAUUAGCGUGAGCGUGACUUAUAGGCUACGUACGAGUGCGGUUGCUCGUGAUUUUUUUAAAUGUAUUUAUUAUACUCUAGAGUGACAUAUCAACAUUUAUACACUGUAAAUAAGAAAUACGGGCAAUGAAAGUUCCGCGUGGUAAUAUUUAUUUACUUAGAAAAUGGAAACAUUGCGCAGUGUUACACUUGUAACACUGGCCAAAGUUUGAAACAUUAAAGUACUCAACAAGGGGACUUCUCGCUCAUUUAAAAUGGCUAAAAAGUAAAAAAUCAUAAUAUUAUAUAAUCCCAGGAUUGAUCCUGGGAUCGGCUGAGACGAAUCCCGAAAUCCCGGGAUUGGAUUGAAGGCCCGGGAUUGAGACCCCUAGUUGUGGUACGAAUGUUUCCUCUGUACCUUACUUCUCUGUGAAUUCUCUUAAAAGUUCUUAAAAACACGUUCACCAUGUAUUCAUUAAAUAUUAAUAAAAUUUUUAUUUGGUAAAAUAACAAAUAUAGUAGAGUCUCAGUUAUCUGACCUAAAUUGGCCGUGUCGAGAUCGGAUAAGCAAAAAGGUCGGAUAACACAGAAAACCUAGAAAACCUGUAGUGAAGCAGGUUGAUGAACCAUGGGGUGUUUUUAGGUUAUGGUGUUAUGCAGCAUGUAAAAAUAGGAAAUUACAGUCAAGUGCAUGCACCUAAGGCCUGGUGCAUAUCUCCCGAGUACAGUCAAAGACGGCAAAGGAGCAUUACAAUCAGUGGCGUUGCUUGGUUAAAUUCUAGGGGGGGGGAGAAGCCUCAAAUUUCCCAACUGCUUAACAUAGAUUUCCCAACUAUUUUUUAUAAAAAAAAAUCAAUUUCUGUACUAUUUUUAAAAAUCUACAAAUUAUUAUACUACACUGCAGUCACACUCAAUUCAGUAUUUAUUAACUUGCAUUAACAAAACAUAGCUAGUUUUACAUGUAUACAAAAUUACUCAAUUCAAAAAAACGUCUAAAACUUCUACCAAUUCAUAAUGAAGUUUUAUGACUCCAAAAACUUGAAUAAGUAUUGUUUCAAAUCCAAAAAACUUUACAAACCAUUGUGGUAGCAGUGUAAAAUUUUAGGGAUAUAAAAUAAGCCUAGUACAAAUUAGUAUAGAAAAACAAUAUUUUAUUACAAAAUAAUGAAAUUACAAUACUUUUAGAAGUUGAUAUUAAGAUCAACACUUUAACUUUCAUAAAACUUACAACUAGGCCUAAACAAGUUUGUAAUGAUGAAAUAUUAUUAUCAGUGUUGUGAAUAAUAUUAUUCUAGUCUAGAAAAGAAUAAACCUAAAAUAAGACUUGUAUAAAAUAAAAACGUUCAACUUGGUUGAUAAUAAACUUAUACAUACAAUAAAAAUGUUAACCUUCACCUUCAUCAAACUAGAACUUGGACAAAAAUCAAACUCAAACGUGAAAGUCAAACAUCAAAUUUUAGGUUAUGUUUUGUCUAUUGUCUAUGUAGAUCUGUUUCAGAGUGAUUAGUUGAUUCAUUUUUGUAAAUUCUUAAUUAGGAAUGAUAAAUCACUUUUGUAGAUUUUUUAGAUAAUAUUCAGAGAAUAAAUAUUUCAUUUAGGUUAUUAAAAAUUAGAGUUUUAAAGGCAAUACCGAUAUACAAAACCUAUCUUUAAUGUUAUUUUAAUCUACCUAUUAGCAAGUACUCCUGUCAGUAAGCCUGCUCCAAAUACUACAAAAAAAGGUAUAAAAUAUAGUUUAUUUGACUGACAUGAAAAAUAUUUUUGAACUUCUUGUAAACACUAACAAACAACAUAAUUGAACUGAAGAGCUACGCCGCUUGCACUUUCAAAAUUCAAAUUUGCAGUCUCGCAGACGAACCAUUCAGAAAAUCAUCAACACAGGACAGGAUCAAGGUAGCCAACAUACGUCCAAUAAGGAACAAAAUUUCUCGUAAACGAAAUUCCAACAAACUAUACCGCUAAUUGGUUAACGAUUUCUUAAAAUAAGGCGUGUUUAGCCAUGGUUUAGCCUAGUUUAAUCAAAGUUAAAUUAAAUCAAAGAAACAUCAAGUUUAUUCGUCCAAGUCAAAGAAAUUUUGAUCUUUGAUGGAUUUUCGCAAAUAUUUUUAAAUUUUAUUUAGUUUAAAAAUAUAUUUUUCUUGUAUCUGAUUUCCCAACUGUCCCAACUCAUGGCAAGGAAAUUCCCAACUUUUCUCUUUCCAGGAUUCUAGGGGGGGGAGGCUCCCCCCCCUACCCCCCCCAAGACGACGCCCCUGAUUACAAUAUACAUCCUCAAUAUAAAUAUACAGUCAUUCCACUUGGAAAUUACCACAAUCUUACAAUACUUAAUCUUAUACAUAGAGGAUAUGGCAUAAGAGGUUAGAUAACCAAAAAUUGGAGUCUCGACUGUUGUUAAGACUUUUCCUUGACUAUUUUAUUGUUUACUACAAUUUCUACUCUUGUUCUUUAUGUAUAUUUCUCACACAAAAUCCUUAAAAUAAAAAAUAAUUAAAAUAUUUGUUAUAAGCAUGUUACUUGUACUAAUAGUCUAUCUUUGUGCACGUUGAUGCUUUCGGGUGGACCGAUGCUUCUAUUUUUCUCUCGGAGAAACAAAUCAUGUUUUGAGAUCAUCUCUUUUGCUAGUGAUUGUUUCUCCUUGAAAUAGUAUGUUGUAAAUAAGAUUACCAUUAUUUUAAGUUUAAUUUUAUAAUUAUUGGUUUUAUAUUUUUGCCUAUAUUUCAUAUUGGGUUUUGUUAAAGCUUUAAUUUUAAAAAAAUAUUUUUUUAUGUAUUUACACUAUUUGCUGACAUUCAACAAAACAAGUAUUUUUAAUAUGUGUGGUUGAAAAGGGCAACUAUUAUCAACAUUAUUUAAAGUAGCUCAAUAGAGAUGGAGUUCAUACAAUAUCAAAAAUCAAAAUGUGGUAGAUUUACUGUUAACAUUGGGAGUUUUCUUAUCAUUAGUAUUCUAGGAUGUAUUAUUUUGGUUAACAUUCUUAGUGCAAAACAAAACAGCAUUUGGUCAGUUACAGCAUGACAGUUACAGCAUUGUUCUGAAAUAAUAAGUAGAAGUAUAAGCUAUAAUAUCUGAUAGUAACUAAAUUUUCCUUUAAUUUACUUUCCAGGGUUUUAAGGAUGGAAACUUAAUUUAAUUUAGUUUUACCAAAGCAUGAUAUUUUACUUUAUAAUAGAGUUUAUUUUUUUAUUUUUAUUUCGUUAUUGAUGAUCACGUUUGUGUUGUGUAAAUAAUAUUUUGUGGCUGUGUUGUAAGAUGACUAACGUAUGUCAGUAAUAUAGUUUUCAUGAUAUAAUUGAAAGUUUUUACUUUAUAUUCACUGUUCCCUAUUAAUUUACUUAUUUGUUCCACUAUGUACAGUAUUGCACUAUUUAUUAUACAUGCCCUACUACAAAGCAGGUAUCACAUUGGUGUUAUUUUGUAGGUAGCUUUAUAGUUUUGAAAACCUUGUCAAAUAAAACACAUUGCCAGAGCGAAUUGCUUGACAUUUCUGCCAACAUUAUAGUAUACAGUGACUCCCUCUUAACCGAACACUUAUAUAAUACAGUUUAUCAGGCACUCAGCAGGAGUGAAAUCUCUCAAACAAAACCAUUUUUAUCAGCAAAUCGGUUUAACCGUACUAGAUUGGCAGUAAUUGGGCGGAUCUAAAAAGAAUUUUCGGAAAUAAUUGGGACCAAUGAUUUUUCGUCUAAAUUGCUCUCCCAAAUUUAAGUAAAACUUUUUUGUUAGUUUUCGAGUGGCCGAGUUGACGUCAGUUUAACCACAAAAACCAUUAUCCGGACUGGCCUUGGUCCCGAGGAGCCCGGUAAGAGGAAGUCUACUGUAACCAUGUCUAAGUUAAACCACAACUAUUUAUAGUAAUUAAAUAAUGCUUUCAUUUUUGUAGUGGCCUGUUAAAAAAAAAACUUAUCCAACUUUAUAAACACUUUUAUAAACACUAUUACCAUCUUAAUAGGUUGUGAUAAAAAUAACCUCAUGGGUUUAAUGUAAUCUAUUAGGUUGUAGGAUAUACAGUGGUAUUAGGCUUAGGCAUGUAUUAUUUAAACAUUCAAAAACAUUAUUAUUUACGGUAGUGACAUGUUUAAAAUGGAGAAACUCCUUUACACUGUGUUAUUUUUGGGUUGUAAAUAUAGAGUAUAGCAACUCUAAA